AUGUGGGAAUUGUGGAUUUACUACAGAAUUAUCGAGAUGUUGAGGAUUUACGUAAGCCUUGAGGACUUGCCUGAUGCAGGAUUACACACAGAGUUGCCUAAGACCUCUGUCGAGCGAAUAGACAACGAGGGACUCCAUUCCCCAACACAGCAUCCCAACACAGCAUCCCAAACACAGCAUCCCCAAACACAGCAUCCCAAACACAGCAUCCCCAACACAGCAUCCCCAACACAGCACCCCAACAGCAUCCCCAACACAGCACCCCAAACACAGCAUCCCCAACACAGCACCCCAAACACAGCACCCCAACACAGCAUCCCCAACAGCAUUCCCCAACACAGCAUCCCCAACAGCAUCCCCCAACACAGCAUCCCCAACACAGCACCCCCAACAACAGCAUCCCCCAACACAGCACCCCCCAAACACAGCAUCCCCAACACAGCACCCCAAACACAGCACCCCCAACACAGCAUCCCCAACAGCAUCCCCCAACACAGCAUCCCAACAGCAUCCCCCAACACAGCAUCCCCUAACACAGCACCCCAACACAGCACCCCAAACACAGCAUCCCCUAACACAGCACCCCCAACACAGCACCCCCAACACAGCACCCCCAACAGCAUCCCCAACACAGCACCCCCAACAGCAUCCCCCAACACAGCACCCCAAACACAGCAUCCCCCAACACAGCACCAAACACAGCAUCCCCAACACAGCAUCCCCAACACAGCAUCCCCAACACAGCAUCCCCCAACAGCAUCCCCAACACAGCACCCCCAACAGCAUCCCCCACACAGCAUCCCAACAGCAUCCCCCAACAUCCCCAACACAGCAUCCCCAACACAGCAUCCCCAACAGCAUCCCCAACAGCAUCCCCCAACACAGCACCCCAACAGCAUCCCCAACACAGCAUCCCCAACAGCAUCCCCCAACAGCAUCCCCCAACACAGCAUCCCCCAACAGCAUCCCCAACAGCAUCCCCCAACACAGCAUCCCCCAACACAGCAUCCCCAACACAGCAUCCCCCAACAGCAUCCCCAACACAGCACCCCAACACACUCUCCUCCCACUACUGAAGAGGAGCUCACGAGACAAACUGACCACAAGAGGAGCUCACGAGACAAACUGACCACAAGAGGAGCUCUGAGACAAACUGACCACAAGAGGAGCUCACGAGACAAACUGACCACAAGAGAGGAGUUCACGAGACAAACUGACCACAAGAGGGCUCAGAGACAAACUGACCAGAAGAGGAGCUCACGAGACAAACUGACCACAAGAGGACUCACGAGACAAACUAACCACAAGAGGAGCUCACGAGACAAACUGACCCAAGAGGCUACGAGACAAACUGACCACAAGAGGAGCUCACGAGACAAACUGACCACAGAGGAGCUCACGAGACAAACUCACCACAAGAGGAGCUCACGAGACAAACUGACCAAAGAGGAGCUCUGA